GAUAGUGACAAAGAGAACAAGGACAACGAGUCAGACGCAGAAAAAGAGAAAGACGAGAAGGAAGACAAAACUCAAGACCCGGUCAAAGACUCAGAUGAGAAAGACAAGGAUGAGGAAAAGCCCAAGGAGCGAGAGAAGUCUCGUGAGAGGUCUAGAGACCGCUCUCGGGAUAGAUCGCGAGACCGGGACAAGGACAGAGGCAGAGAUCGUGACCGAAGUCGUAGCCGCGGCAAAGACAGAGAGAGAAGGCGGGAAGAUCGAAAGACCCUGGCCAUCUCAAACCUAAGUCGUAAUGUCAAUGAAGAGCAUCUCAAAGAGAUCUUCGGAAAUUAUGGAAAGGUCAAGGAAACCACCUUGGCCAUUGACAAAGCAGCUGGCCUGCCUAAGGGCUACGCCUAUGUUGAGUUUUAUGAAGAGAGAGAUGCUGACCGCGCCAUCUCGCACAUGAACAGCGGACAAAUUGAUGGGAAUGUCAUCAGGGUCGAGCAUCAGGCCGACCGCAAACGAAGGCUAGAGCAUGCGCCAGCCAUCCCAAUGCGGCCACGAGUGCAGCGAACUGCGCCUGUC